AUCUCCUUUUUCUCUUUUUGGACGGCUUCUUUAUCAUAUCCCUGUCAACCCCAUUCAACUUUUCCACCUAGAUUCCUUCAUCUCUUCCAUUUCCUUCCUCCUAUAAAUUCACCACCUCCUUCGUUCCCUUCAUAUCAACCUCGUUUGAAUCCUUAAGCUGCUUGAACCAAACCACCAACAAUGGCUACACAAGGGUACAUGAGCCAGAGCACAUCACAGAGGCCAGUAGCCAUGGUGUUGGCUCUAGUUACAGCGGUGGUGCUGUCACCAUUGUACGUGAGGAGAAAACAGGAGACGCGUUUCUAUGAGAGUAAAUUGAGUUCUGGGUUUGUUCUUCCCAUGGUUCUUGCUGGACUCAUUGUAGCCAUUAAGACUACUUCCUCAUCAUCAAUGCAAAGGGGAGGCAGAGGUUCAUUCUUCCCAUCUGCAGACCCUUCCUGGGUUCUUAGGAUUGGGAGUUCCUCGUGGGGACUUGCCGGAGUCCUAGUGAUGCUCAUGCUUGUCCUGUCAUGGCAAGAAUCCGUCCAAGAAUUCUUCUGGAGAUAGAAAGUUUACCGUCAUAGUAUCCCUAAUUAGAAAGUUUACCGUUGUAGCAUGCCUAAUUAGCCUAUGUAUUCCAUUAUCUCAGCUGUAAUAAAACUUCAGUUAUGAA